AUGGACGGCGGGCCUCCGCCCGCCAGGCGUCACGGGGACCUACGGGGCUCCGCCGGCCAGGCUCCCGGGACACCUGGUGGGCACUCAGCCGACCUUGAGGCCCACCAGGUGUUACGGAACGGGCGGGCGAGGCCCGCUAGGGUCUUGGGACGGGCGGGCGAAGCGCGGCCAGGUGUCCGCGACGGGUGCGGCAGGCCCGCCAGGCGUCCCGGGGACGGGCGGGCAGCGGCCCGCCAGGCGUCCCGGGGACGGGCGGUGCAGUGCCCGCCAGGCGUCCCGGGGACGGGCGGGCAGCGGGCCCCCAGGCGUCCGGGGCACGGUCGGGCAGCGGCCAGCCAGGCGUCACGGGGACGGGCGGGCGCGGCCGCCAGGCGUCCUGGGGACGGUCGAGCAGCGGCCCGCCAGGCGUCCGGGGACGGGCGGGCAGCGGGGCCCGCCAGGGUCCCGGGGCCGCGUGGGCAGAGGACCGCCAGGCGUUCCCGGGACGCGGCGGGCGGAGGCCCGCCAAGCGUCCCGGGGACGGCGCGGGCAGAGGCCGAUAGGAGUCAGGGGAUCGGGCGGCCUACGCCCGCCAGGCGUCCCGGGGACCGGCGGGCCUCCGCCCGCCAGGGUCCCGGGGAACUACGGGCUCCGCCAGCCCAGGAGUCCGGGGGACCUACGGGCCUCCGCCGGCCAGGCGUCCGUGACACUGGGGGCCUCGCCCGCCCUGAGGCCCACCAGGUGUUCCCGGGAUAG